CCCUCCUAUCCUCCAUGAACUUGGCAAGAGCUGGGCACCUUCGCUCCACUCCGCCGCUCAGUCCCCUAAGCUCUGACCCGGAUGAGGUGGAGGUCGACGUGCUGGCAGAGGAGGAAGAUGGAGACCAGACGGAGGACGAGGAGGAGUUGGAGGAGACUGCCAGCCAGAAGUGCCUGGAGCGGUCACUGAGGAAACCCGGAGUGCCUACGCUUUCCGGUAAGAGCAUCAGGGACCGCGGCGGCUUGAACAACUCCUCCGGGUUCGUCCGAAAGUUCCGAGAGCCGCGGACACCGGCGACCGCUGCAGCUGACUGCCCGCAGCCUGCCAAGCCCCCGUACUCCUACAUCGCGCUCAUCACCAUGGCCAUCCUGCAGAGCCCGCACAAACGUCUGACGCUCAGCGGCAUCUGCGCCUUCAUCAGCGGCCGCUUCCCCUAUUACCGCCGCAAGUUCCCCGCCUGGCAGAACAGCAUCCGCCACAACCUGUCGCUCAACGACUGCUUCGUCAAGAUCCCCCGCGAGCCCGGCCACCCGGGCAAGGGCAACUACUGGAGCCUGGACCCCGCCUCCCAGGACAUGUUCGACAACGGCAGCUUCCUCCGGCGCAGAAAGCGCUUCAAGCGCCACCACCCGGCCCCCGGAGGCCACCCGCACUGUCCCUUCCCUCCACCCGCUGUGCCCGCUACCUUGCACGUCUCCCAGCCCAGCCUCCUGCUCCGCUACUCUGCUCCCCAGCAGCCUGGCAUCGGAGCCCAUCUCGCCGCCCCGCCGGGGAGCCGCCCUUGCGCGCCGAUGCACCCGCAUCCCCUCAACUACCUGCUGCUCGCGGCUCCGGCCUAUGCCGAAGCUCCUAGAAAAGCCGAAGGUGCGGACCUCGUCACCCCCCUCUCCAUCCCCGCAUUGCAGCCCGCACUGAGCUCCCAGCAUUGGGAAGGGGACCAAGGCUCUGGAUCUCGACACGGUCGCGGUUUUACCACCUUCACCAUCGAGAGUAUCAUGCAGGGAGUUAGAGGAGGAGGAACUGGGGCUGCGCAGAGUCCUCCCUCCACGUCCUGGAGCUACUGCCACCUGCUGCAGCACCCGUCGUGUCUGCUCUACCCCCGGGCCGCUUCCCCUUUGCUUCAAGUGUCCGCAGCCGCCCGGACAAUGCUGCAGCAGCACCCACCGCCGCCCCAAGAGCCUCGACACUAUGCCGAUAGUUGCACCCCGGGUAAAGGCAUUCGCUUGGGCCGGCAUCUGUCUGCCGUUGCGGCGCUACUGAGGCAUCAGCCUGCAGCAGAGGACUGUAGGCUGACAACCCUGACCACUCUUUCGGGCAGAGAGGGGACCUUACCCGCAUUUUAAGCAGCGCCCAAGCCCAGCCUCCAGGCUGAGUUGCCGGGGCACAUCUGGAGGCAAGUGGCAGAGUGGAACCACUCGCUAUCUGGGUUUGCACCACCCGUCUGCUAAGC